UAUACCCGCCAUAAAUAAUAAUUGAGCGUGGCUUCUCUUGAUUAAAUUCUCAAUAAAACCACAAUUUAAUCAAAUAAUUAAAUAAUUUCAUCAUGGAUCUAUACGAAGAGUUGGAUGAAGAUUUAAGCCAUUACAGCUUACAGGAUCUCAUGCGACUGUGCGACCGGAUUAGCCAGCAGGUGCAAAAUCCAGUUAACGGAGCCAUUGUCCCUCGCCACCGACUCAAUUUCUUACGCAGUAUUCAGAGGGAAAUAUUCAUGAGAGCAUCCAUUGAAAUGGCCCAUGACGCGAUCGUAGGACGCGUCUAUGAACGAUUAGUACCGGAUCUGGAAGAUGAGUCGCUCGAAGCUGGUGGGGGUCGUACAAACAGCACUAUCAAGAAUCUACUCCUUUGCAUAGCGUUGGUCUUUUCUAUAUACUUAUGGCUGCUGUAUUCCGCCGUUAAGUUCUUGGGCCUUAGGAUCUGGCAAUUCAUUUCCAGCUAUUUCCCGUAAUGGCUUGACUAACAUGAUUUUUUAAGUUGCCCCCUCUUAUGCAGUUUGCUUUAAUAUUAGUAAUUUGGUUUUUCCUUUUGCAACGCUAAGAUAAGGGUCUUUUGUAUGUUUAUGACAUGUAAUCAAACUUGCAUUAAUAAAAUAAAGUUAUUCUGAAA